AGACCCUAUCAGUGUCCCUUCUGCCCAAAGUCCUUCUUCCGCCUCGAGCACUCCAAUCGACACAUCCGCACGCAUACAGGCGAAAAGGCUCACGCCUGCAAGUUCCCCGGUUGUACAAAACGGUUCUCCAGGAGUGACGAACUUACUCGACAUUCCAGGAUCCAU